AGUUAAUGCAUCCUCCUCCCUGGUGAAACGAGGGGGGGCCUGCUGUUAUAAAAGAAGUGUAUGCUCUUUCAACCUUCACACUUAACUUCCUUCUCCUUCAGUGAUCACUGAAUUAACUUUAAGUCUCAGUUGUGUCUGUAAGAGCAGAAGCUAAGAUGACUUUCUACGAUGACAUUUACCCAUUCUACCCUCUACAAAGGACUCCGUUUAUCUUCAGCAGCCGCUUGCUCACCAUUAUUCUGGUCUUCGUUGUGUUAGCGGUCAGUCUUCUUCUCAUUCUGCCCGGGAUACGAGGGAAGUCGCGGCUCUUCUGGACAUUUAGAAUAAUUACCAGCUUGUUCAUCGGUGCCGUGAUAGUGGCACUCAACUUCACUAACGACUGGGCUGAGGCCAGAAUGACCACAAAAGCCACCUAUAAGUCUUUCAGCAACGCGGUGGUUAACGCGGAGAUCGGCUUGCAUGUCGGACUGUACGGCAUUAACGUUACGCUGAAAGGGAAUCCUGUUGUACAGUUUAAUGAGACCAUUGACUACAAUGAGAUGUUCACCUGGCAUAACACUAUUGAAGAAUAUGAGGAAGCUCUGGAGAAAGGUUUACCCAACCCCAUUCUGUAUAUCGCUGAAAAAUUCACCCCGAGCAGCCCGUGCGGUCUCAUCUUUCAGUACAGAUACUCUGGACGAUACGCUUCUGCAACGCUCUGGACAGCAUUUUGCUGCUGGAUGCUCGCCAACAUCCUCUUCUCCAUGCCAGUAAUCCGGUACGCUGGGUACAUGGUGAUUGCUACUGCUGCAUUCAUCUUCUUCUCCAUGAUCUCCUUCACCACCAUCAUGAAUGUGCCUCAGUGUGUUUUCUACAUAGGAACUGACUCCUUUGAAACAGAAUACAGCCAUUCGUUUUGGCUGGCCCUGCUAACAGGCAUCCUGUGCACCCUCAUCGGGCUUCUUGUGGUGAUGUUUGACUUUUUGGUCCCUGAGAAGAUGAAAGAGGCUUUCAGUGUCGGUGUCGACAGCUGUGAAGAUGAGGAUGAAUCAUACAGCGAGGGCUACCUGAAUUCAUUUUUCCUCGAUGGAGUGACAAUUUCACCAGUGAAUUUAAAAGUUACAGAGGAACAUUUAUGAAGCUGUGCAGAUUCCCUCUCAGGGAGAUUUCAUUGUUGAUACUUGAAGAUAUUUUUUGUUGAAUGUGUUACAGUUAAAGUGUCGACUUUCACAUGUGUUAAUUAUCUGUGUGAGCCUGUAAAUAAUAAUGUCUUAAAAUUUAGUCCACUGUAAAUGGUCACAUUUAUAAAGGUCACUCUCAUGUUGUAGUAGCUGUAAAUAAACAUAACUUUGUAUGGGAUCCAUAAAAUGUGUAUAUAGUGUGAUGAGUGUGGAUGGUAGAGCUCUUGUUGUGUAGCUUGUUUGGUAAUGAAACAUGAGACAACACAAAUAAAUAUUGAUUGCACACAGAGUAUACACUUUAAGAAUCCGCUUUUUUUAAAGGAAAUGCACAUUUGGUUUUAUUUACAUUAAACCGAUCAGAAAGUUGGUCAAAGACAUUGACUUAUUAAUGAAAUUGAGCCUUUUCGAUGCAAGAAAUUGCUUAAAAACCGAAGAUUUAAUACAACAGCACGUGCUACUCCCUCCAGAGACCAGUGCAACCUGGCUCUCACCAGAACAGAAAACAUUAGAGUCUCUAGUUUCAGAAACACAAGUCCUAAGCUGGCAGCAUUAUUGAAUACCUGCAAGAGCCAGAUGGCACUAAUUUACGACGGGACUGGUGAACACAUUUCUGAACAUUUAAUGACAUACUCAGCAAAAACAAAUGUGCUUUUUAUUUCUAAAAGAAGGAGAUUUCUAAGCGAGAAGCAGCCAGAGCCCGAAUGUUGGAACAUCAGGUUUUUGCAUCAGAUUCAUGCACACUUGUCAUUUAUGUGCAGACUCAGAGAGAAACAUCGGGCAUAAAAGUGCUCUUAUAGGUUGAACUGAUUCUCUUGUAAUCCUGUUAAGUAUGUUUUUUUUCUGUCCUUUAAUUUUUUAAGAGCUGAAUAAAAUGAAAACAAACAAGUGCUCAGCAGUGAAACUGUAUUUUCUGUGUGUUAUAACUUUACAUUCAUUCAUUAUUGUAUAUUCUGAUACAUUCUUGUACGCUCUGGUAAAAGUAAUGAUCAUCCAUAUACUGUAUGUCCUUGAAUAGUAAGAGUGUCUUUGGCCUUCAGCGUCACCACGAUACACAGAGUUUAGUGCCUUUGUACAGCAUCUUAUUAUCUUCUUUUGAUACUAAUUGUAAUAGAUUAACAUGUUGGAUUGAGAAUGAAUCCCUGGUCAGUAAAUCGUAUUCUUCAUUAUCACAUGCAUAUACUGCAGAAGUUAUAUGGCCUUUCCAAUCAAGUCCUUGAGAAAUCCAAAGUAUUUACAGUAGAAGUACAAUUUUAAACCCCAUACACAUUAUAAAAAUGACUAAAUAAAAAAUAAAUGUACUAAUUUAUCUCUUCAUAAGAAAAUAAACAUGACCGUAAAGCUACUUUUCUUCGACACCAUAAACUCACGUACAGUACUACAGACAGAGUAUUCACAUUGUAAGGCCAUUAUGACGAUGUAAUUCAAGAUAAAACCUGGGAAAAUGAGAAACGGAUGUUCUUUACAGCGUCGCGACAAGAGGCCGAAAAAAAUAAAAUGAUAGAAAAAUAAAUUCUCCUCGUCCCACUGAGCCACCUGUCUUAUUGUCGUCACGCAGCCAGACAUGCAGAGCUA